ACUCAAACUCUCCUCGACAGUAAGGUCGACGUUCUCGUUAUCGGUGCUGGCCCAACCGGUUUGGGUGCCGCUAAGCGUCUCAACCACAUCAACGGUCCCUCGUGGCUGAUCCUCGACGCCAACGAGAAGGCUGGCGGUCUUGCGUCUACCGAUGUCACUCCUGAAGGCUUCCUCUACGAUGUUGGUGGCCAUGUCAUCUUCUCUCACUACAAGUACUUCGAUGACUGCAUCGACGAGGCCCUCCCAAAGCCAGACGACUGGUACACCCACCAGCGUAUCUCAUACGUUCGUUACAAGGGCCAAUGGGUUCCCUACCCAUUCCAGAACAACAUCUCGAUGCUUCCCAAGGAGGACCAGGUCAAGUGCAUCGACGGCUUGAUCGAUGCCGCCAUGGCUGCCCGCGUUGCCACCGAUAAGCCCAAGAACUUUGACGAGUGGAUUCUCCGGACGUGCGGUGAGGGCGUUGCCGACGUCUUCAUGAGACCCUACAACUACAAGGUGUGGGCUGUUCCCACCACCAAGAUGCAAUGUCAGUGGCUCGGCGAGCGUGUCGCCGCCCCCGACGUUAAGCUGGUGACCCGCAACGUUAUCCUCAACAAGACUGCCGGUAACUGGGGCCCCAACGCCACAUUCCGCUUCCCCGCCAGAGAUGGUACUGGUGGUAUCUGGAUCGCCGUUUCCGACACUCUGCCCGAGAAGAACAAGCGCUAUGGCGAGAAGGGCGAGGUCACCAAGGUCGAUGCCGACAAGAAGGUUGUCACCCUCAAGGACGGCACCACCGUCGGCUACGACAAGCUGAUCAACACCAUGGCUGUUGACCACCUCGUUGAGAAGAUGGGCAACCAGGAGUUGAUCACUCUCUCCAAGGGUCUCUACUACUCCUCCACCCACGUCAUUGGUGUUGGUAUCCGUGGCGAGCGCCCCGAGCGCAUUGGCGACAAGUGCUGGUUGUACUUCCCCGAGGACAACUGCCCCUUCUACCGCGCCACCAUUUUCUCCAACUACUCCCCAUACAACCAGCCCCAGGCCGACGUCAAGCUGCCCACUCUCUACAAGGCUGAUGGCAGCAAGGCUGACUCGAGCGAGGCCAAGCCCGGUCCAUACUGGUCCAUCAUGUUGGAGGUUUCCCAGUCCACCAUGAAGCCAGUUGAUGAGGAGAACAUCCUCAGGGACUGCAUCCAGGGUCUCAUCAACACGGAGAUGAUCAAGCCCGAGGACGAGAUCAUCUCCACCUACCACCGCAAGUUUGACCACGGUUACCCCACCCCAUCGCUCGAGCGUGAAGGUGUUCUCAAGGAGCUCCUCCCCAAGCUCCAGGCCCAGGGCAUCUGGUCUCGCGGUCGCUUCGGCAGCUGGAGAUACGAGGUUGGCAACCAGGACCAUUCCUUCAUGCUCGGUGUGGAGGCGGUCGACAACAUCGUCAGCGGUGCUGUCGAGUUGACCCUCAACUACCCCGACUUUGUCAACUCCCGCGCCAACACGGAGCGGAGACUUGACCAGCCCUUCUACAGCGCAGGGACACCCCCCAAGGAGCUUCCUUCCAGGGAACGGGCGUAA